AGUAUAUACAGUCUUUAAAAAAUUGUUUCCGCAUUUUUGAGAAAAAAGUUUAAACGACUUUGCGUAGCUGUCAGACACCUAAAUUUCUCGAAAUUUCCUAGUUUUGAAUUAAAUUUGUUGUAUUUGAAAAUGUUACCCACAAAAUUCUUCGUUCUACUUCUGACAGUGGCUGAAGAUCAUUUUUUAGUUUUUCUACUUCUUUAUUUUAUAAUUACUGUAUCAAUAUUUAUACCCCAUAACGAAAUAGAUCCGACGAAUCAUAAUCCGAUCGAAGAGAUAAAAUGAAUCAAAUUCCUGUUUCGACAUUGACUAAAAAUGCAAAAAAAUAGAAAAAUUCUUCCUAAGUCCACACAAACACGAUUAGCAAGUAAUGAAGCCACGACUCGAAAUAAGAAACCUUUGCUUUUGCAUUCGAAAAAGACUGAAAAACCGAACAAAAAUGCACUUUCAUAUAAUAAAUUCAACCCAUCAAAAAGUGUUCCUUCGAAAGGUGUACAAAGUGCUCAACGAAAAAUGCCCUCCUUGCAAAAGCCAGCUAAGGAAUAUAAAGUUGCAGAUUUUGCAGAAAAGAGUGAGAGCGUGUCAACGCCAUCGACAACCAACACUGAAAGAGAAAUUGCUGAGGCGGUAUUUUUAUUAAGGAAAGAAAUUAGCGAGUGGAGAGCCCAAGAAUCUUUACGGAGCAGAGACGAUGAAACUGAACGACACAUUGUCAGCUCGGAAAGACAGGUGGAAAAUGAAAUCUACCAAGGUGAAACGAAUUCUCGACAAGAGGAGUUCGAAACUCUAUGUGUUCAAUCAGAUAAAAACGGCGCCAAGGGCAGUGCAAUAAUCAGCACAUAUCCACACCAAUGCGAUUCCGGGAGAUCUAAAAAGACUGAAGAAAGUGCAAAUGAAUUCAAAACCCUCAAGUUACCAUUACAAACAAAAAUUCAAGAGGCUGCUGUUGAAAGAGAAAAUUUCUCAAGAUCAACAUUACCAAUUCCAAACAUUCCUUUCAGUAUUAUAAAUAACCCUACAAUGACUAAAAACAUUUGUCAAGAAACAGCAUUAGCAGAGAAAAUAUCUUCUCCACCUAAUAGUCCAAUUCUUAGCCCCGAAACUACUAAAAUCUUGGAAAAUGCAGAAAAGUUGGUCGAAAAUGCUCAAAAGCAAAUCAUAGAAAUAAAUCAAAAUAUUUUAUUGCAUAAAGCAAAUCCUGAAAUACCUGAAUCUCAACCAACUAUCGACGAAGAUUUAUUACAUCUUCGCCAAAUUGUAACAUAUAGAUUUCAGCGAGCAAAUAAUCCCUCGAAAGUGUAUAAUACAAGUGAUCGUAAUACAUUUAUGAAUUCAGUUCAAGAAGUACCUGAAAACGAAAUCACUAAAGCACCAAGAUUAUUAAAACUUGUUACAAUGUUACCUGAAAGAUCUCAUUUAGAAACAAAAGACGAAGGAUCAAGUUGCAAAACAAUGUCUUAUUACGACAAACGUAAAUUAUUAUUGACAGAUUCAAUUCCAAAUCGUUUCCAUGCUAGUAAUAAAAUUCAAAAUGAAUCAACAAAUAAAAACGAGAAAGCUGCACAAACUGAUGAAAAUGAGAACAAACCAGAAUCUUCUACUUUUCAAAUUCAAACUGGACCUAGAGUCAUUAUUAAAAGAAGUUUGCAAAUCCAAAAUGUGGAGAGUUUACACAUAUCUCCAGAAUCUUCAGUAAACGAACCAAGAAAUGUCGGAAUCUACAAUUUUCAACACGAAACCUGUCCUGAAAAAAACGCUAUUAGUCAGGAUUAUAUUAUUGAUAAAGAUUACCGUCAGGAAAACAAAUUUUUACAAGAAAACACUGCAGAAAAGAAACAGAUGUACAGAAAAAGUGUUGUUAUUAAAGCCACUGAUGAAUCAAAGUUAAAUUUUAGAAAGAAUUCCGAAAAAAUGGUUGAAAAACUUUCAGAGACAAAUAAUUCGAGUAGAGAUGACGAAAUAAUCGUUCAAAGCCAUCGGGAAAUAACAGCAGUAGAUUCAACAAAAUCACCCAAACAGUGUAAUAUUGAAAAUUUGAAAGCUAAAGCCUUCAGUGAAUUUUUAAGUAGCCUUGAAAAGGAUUUGGAUUAUUCUAUUACAAGCAACAAGGCAGAAGAUUUUGAAGAAGUUGAAACUAAUUUGGAAGGACUCGAGACAGAUGAAAAACACUUGCUUGAAAAAUCAAAAAAAGUAAACGAAAAUUCAAUCCAAGCCCCAAGCAAUGAUGAAAUUAAAAAUGCUGGUCGAAAAAGUGGAAAAUUGCGCGAUAAAGCAACAAUUAUUAGCAAUGAAAGAGUUAAUUUAAAAUACAAAGAUAUUUUAGGAGACAAUGCGUUAAACCCCAAAGUUUCAAACGCAUUUUUUCAACUGGAUAAAAAGUCUGAAGAUUCAGAAAUUGAAGUCGAUGAUAUCAAUUUGAAACAGCCCUCGGUAGUUGAUUUAGAUACAGUUUUAAAGAGAAACGACGAAAUAAUCAAUAAUGUUGUUCAUAGUACAGGCACGCUGUUUAAAAUCAUCUCUUCUAAAUUAGAAACUUACAGGAACAUGGUAAAUCAAGGGAACAAAAAAAGUGAGCAAAGAGUAGAAUUAGCUUCAGUUGAAAAGUCAACACCAACAGAAAAAGAACAUUAUUUCAAGUUUUACGAAGCACCAGAUAUGAUAUUGGAUCAAAUUAUCAACGGUGCAAAUAAAUUCUCCAAAUUUAUACCUGUCAGUUCUGAGAUUAAUGAUAGUGUAGUCAAUCAAGAAAGUAUCAGUAAUAGUCAGAGUGUAAAUUUAUCAUCAGGAAGUCUUAGUUUAAUAUCUUCUACAAAAAAUCUAAUUUCUCAGAGACCUUCUUUAGAAAUAAAAGAAUCACCGGCGCCAUCAAAUAAUCAAAGUGCAAAAGAAUUAAAAAAUAUUAAAAACUCUUUUGAGGAAAGAAAACCCGAAUUUUCUGUUUCAAGUUCAAUAAAGCGCUUAAAAAAUACUUCUGAUGAAAAGGUGAAGGAUAAUGACAGAAUUUAUGAGGAAGGUGAAUCUACCAAAAGUUUGUCAAUGCAAAGUAGUAGAGUUGAUGAUUUUAAAAUAAGGGAAGUUAGAGAGAUUUCAAAAAGUUCCACAGAUCAAUCAUCAAAUACAGAAGAAAUUGAAUCAACUUGUAAAGAUUUUGUCUUGAAACCUCUCUCGAAUUCAGAUCUUUUCUCUAAUAUUCACAAUAUAAAUUAUUCAAGACCGUUUUUGCAAAUAAAAGAAAAUGAUUUCAGCGAGAUGGAAAUCUUCAGUCAUAUAUUCGAAUCUCUGAGGCAUUCCUCUGCUGCUAUGAAGAGGUUUAUUACUUGUUUGUUCGGUGAGACAGAAGCAAGAAUUGAAAAUGAAAUUAUUGGGAUAUUGAGAGAAACUGCUGUUCAUCCCACAAUCAUUAACAAGUUUCUUUUAAUUUUGCAAAGACGGGAUAAAAAUUCUCAGUUGCCAAUGUUUAUUACGAAUAUUGGAUUAUAUUUGAACUUGAGUGAUGACUCUAUCGUAAAAAUUCGUUUUAGAAAACAAUUUAAAGAUUUUUUAGAAGGAAGAUCAAAAAUAUUUUCUUUUGACGCUGAGACCGAUAGAAAUGUAAGCGACGAUAAUACAUCCAACAUGAAUGAAAAGAAUGACGAAAAGUCUACUCAAAUAAGAUUGGAAUUUGACGUCACAAAGGAAGAUAUAAAAGAUAUCGGUGUUGAUAUUACGUUAGCAGUGACGCAGGAAAAAAUCGAUUUGAGUCCAGAAGAAAAUCAGGAACAUCCUGUAGAAAAGGGGGGUUUUUCUUUCGGAAAUCAAAAUAAAAUUGAGAAAGUCCUCGAUGAAAAAAAUGAAAAUUUGAGUAAAAGCGAAAGGACAUCGAGCAUUAGCUCGGAUAUUAAAUUGAUUGAAAGUGGGCUAAGUGUAAGCGAAUUAUCUAAGUCCACUUCGCAGAAUUCUCUGCAAAAGUCACAUGAAAAAAAUGAAAAUUUGAAUGAAAUGGAAACUAAAUCGAGCAGUAAUUCGGACAUUAAAUUGAUUACAAAUGUACCUAGUGUCGGCGAAUCAUCUAAUAAAAUCGAUUAUUCUCAAAAUUUUACAGAUAUUUCAUCCACUUCGAAGAAUUCUCUGCAAAAGUCACAGGAAAACAAUGAAAAUUUAAAUAAAAUGGAAGUUAAAUCGAGCAGUAGUUCGGAUAUUAAAUCGAUUAAAGGUGCGCCAAGUGUAAGCGAAUCAUCGAAGCGAAUAGAUUACUCUCAGAAUUUUACAGAUAUUUCUUCCACUUCGAAGAAUUCCCUUCAAAAGUCACAUGAAAUCAACGAAAAUUCAAACAAAAUGGAAAUUAAAUCGAGCAGCAGUUUGGACAUUAAAUUGAUUAAAAGUGGACCAAGUGUAAGCGAAUCAUCGAAUAAAAUCGAUUAUUCUCAGAAUUUUACACAUAUUUCUUCCACUUCGAAGAAUUCCCAUCAAAAGUCACAGGAAAACAAUGAAAAUUUGAAUAAAAUGGAAACUAAGUCGAGCAGUAGUUCGGAUAUUAAAUUAAUUAAAAGUGUGACAAGUGUAAGCGAAUCAUCUAAGAAAAUCGAUUGCUCUCAAAAUUGUACAGAUAUCUCUUCCACUUCGAAGAAUUCCCUGCAAAAGUUACACGAAAACAAUGAAAAUUCGAAAAAAAUAGAAAUUAAAUCGAGCAGUACUUCAGAAAUUAAAUUGAUUGAAAGUGGGCCAAGUGUAAGCGAUUCAUCUAAGAGAAUCGAUUACUCUCAGAAUUUUCCAGAUAGUUCGUCCACUUCGAAGGACUGUAAAAGUCUCGAAAGUCACAUUUCAUUGAAGUUAUCUGAUUCAUUUAUGAAUAAAAGCGAAGAUAAUAAAGAAACAAUUCCUAAGCGAAGCGACGAAUUGGAAAUUCAGCGAAAAAUAGAUGAUUUAUUGAAUAGGGAUAAACGUGUCGCUGAUACUAUAGAGAAGUCGCUAAAAACAGAAAUAGAUAACUUAACAAUAAAAAGAAGCUCUGAAGAAAAUGUAAGAAGGAAUCCUUUGUUUAGAGGGAAAACAUUUGUAAUAAAAAAGAAAUGUAAUUUAGGUCUUAAUACUAAAUUACCAGAAGAAAGCUUCAGCGAUGUCAAUAGUAGCAUGUCUGAUUCUCAAAAAGGAUCAAAUUCCAGAAUACGAUCAGAGGCUUCUGAGAGCAGCGGGAAAAAUGCAGAGUCUUCUUCUGGAACUUAUUCAGAAGGUGAACUUCAUUUGCCCAGUUCUUGCUCUUAUUCUUUAGGAGAAAUAAAGUUAUCUCGGGAAGAAAAACUUUGUUUGAGGAAAGCUUUUAAAGAUAUAAAUAGCUCGAAAAAAGUUUACAGUAGUAAAAAGCAAAAUUCAGACAGCAGCAGCAGUCACUUGAGUAAUUGCAGCGGCUGCCCUCAAAGUUAUUCUUUAACGCGCAGUCUUGGAGAAGUUUAUGAUUCUUUAAGCUGAUAAAACCGGAAAGCUGUACAAGAUCUUUGCCCUAAGGAGAUUAGGAGGUUCCAAAUGCUGUGUAAAUUAGCCAUAAGUUAAAUAAAAAUAAGAUAAAUUAUUAACUUGAUUUCAAGUAACAGAACUACAUAAUUCAAUAGGAUAAUUUAAAAAAUGUUCUUAUCGCACUUCAGU